AUGAUGAUGAUGAUGAUGAUGAUGAUGAUGAUGAUGAUGAUGAUGAUGAUCAUGAUUGUGCCCGCCUCCGCCUUGGGCGGGCGGCGUCACCAGGCGCACGCCGCGCAGCCAAGCGAUCCCUUGAGAGCUCGCCCGGCCGUGCCCGCGGACAAGCGCCCGCAGCAGUGUCCGCGCCGGGUCGGGGCCGACGGCGUCGCUUCGCUCCAUAGCGUGGAGUGGCCCGGAGGUGCGUUCCAUUUCCAGGGGGGCAUGCCCUGCAGAUCAGUGUGGCGACGAACACCAGGCUCGCAACUUGCCGGCCGAGCGGCCGCAGGUCGGGCCAGGCCGAGCCCUGUGCGUGCAGGCAGGCCCCCGCUGUCCUCUGCUCACCGCGCCAGCGCGCGCGCCUGGUCAGCGCGCGCCCCUGGCCAGCAGAGAAUGCCGCGGGUGAAGCUGCGGUCGGCAUGCCGUGCUUGUGCACCGCGCGUCUCGUGCCACGCCGUGAGUCCCACGGCGCGCGCUGAGGCGCCCUGUCCCGAGCUGGCCCUGGCUCUGGUGCCGAUUGUGCCGCCGGCUUUCUUCACUCAGCCCUGUGCCCGACUCUGCUUGGCCUCGAUGCUGAUGCAGCGCGCUGCCGGUUCCCUUCGUUCGGCCCAAUCCCUUGACUAUGCGAGGGAAGACGCGGGGAAGCAGUGGGAAUUUGCAUGUUUUUGUAGGAGGGGCCAGCCUGCAGCCGCCGAAAAUUCCGGCUCGGGUGCGCUCCGGACCCACGAUGAAGCCCUGGUCCGCGCCGGUUUCGGAGGUGGGCGACGCCCUUGGCCAAAGCUGCCACAUCGUGCCUGCCACAUCGUGCCGCGCCUUGCUGCGUGCCAGAGGGCCAACAGGCUGGAAUACGGCGGACCGCCCUCUGGCGCCUAUGAAGCAUCUGCCCGAGCUGGGCCUGCGGCCCCCGCAUGCUGCACCGCCCGAGCGCUGGCAAAUCCUGCGCAGCGGGUGCCUCCACCCUGGCCAUAGCGUUAACGGCCGACUCUUUUCAGAC